AUUGACUUCCACCUGCGUUUCGUUCCAAUAACUUUCACAAUGUGAAGAUCUCCAAGUCACUGUCUCCAACUCACCAUUUCAAGUACACCCCAUAGUUUUCUAAGCUACUUGCAUUGAUUCUCUGCCAGUCGGCUUCUGCUUCACCUACCCACAACGCCAAGCAUGGCAACCAGCUCGAGGGAAGAAUACACACCUCUACUCGCAAGCCACGCACCUGCGCUCGAAGUCAACCGGAACACCUUCGAAGACGACCCGUCAAAGCUCUCCAACCGAUUUGUGUUCAAGAUGGCAGCGGCCAUGUUUUCGUUCGCCAUGCUCGGGCUCCUCCAAUCAUCCAUUGGUACCCUCCUGCCAUUGAUAUCCAAAUACUACGACCUUUCCGACUUUCACGUGUCACUCAUCUUCGUCGUAUGCCCUCUCGGUUAUAUACUCGCCGCCCAGACGAGCUCGCUCAUCCAUCACCGGUCCGGCCAGUUUGGGAUUGCAUUCAUUGGUCCGGUGCUGCAGAUGAUUGCUGCAGGACUAUUGUCACUGCACAAUCAGUUCGGACUUGUGCUGGUUGGAUUUGCAGUGCAGGGUCUUGGAAUGGGCCUGCUCGACGGAAGUUGGUGUGCUUGGGCUGGUAGUAUGGAAAGAGCGAGUACGGUUUCAGGCCUUUUGCAUAGCAGCUUCUCUGCGGGAGCGGCAACUGCGCCGAUCCUUAUCACGCUUAUGACUACCAAUGGACACGCUUGGUUUGAGUGGUACUAUGUCCUAGGCGCUCUCUCGAUCAUUGACGCCGUCGCAUUAUGCACCGCCUUCUGGAACGAAACAGCAUCUGUACAUCGACAAACACAUCAGUCGGACGAAUCAUACAACAAGGCCUACUCCAGAGCAAUGCUCGGAUUCCCCGCCACCUGGUGGUGCGCAGCUUACUUCCUUGCGGACGUGGGUGUCGAGACCGCGAUCUCAGGAUGGAUUGUUUCCUUCAUGCUUCGCAGCCGGACUGCCACACCUUAUCUUGCCGGCCUCUCGUCAUCGGGGUUCUGGGCUGGUAUGGCUGUUGGUCGGCUUGUUCUAGGACCGUUGACAGACAGGAUUGGUGUGCGUAAAGCGACCGCGUUGUAUUUUGCUUUAGCUAUAUCAGUAGAGACUCUGUUCGCGAUACUGCCGUACCCCGUCGUCUCAGUCGUGCUGAUGAUUGUAUUGGGCUUCCUUAUGGGACCGUUGUUCCCCUCCGGCGUCAUUGUCUUGACACAGUUACUCCCGAAGGAAUUCCACGUAGCUGCAGUCUCGUUCGUCGCAUCACUGGGUCAAGUGGGUGGAGCAUUGUUGCCAUUCGGUAUUGGCGCGGUUGUUGAGGGGCUUGGGAUUGGAGUCUUCCGUUUUGCGAUCUUGGUCCAGUCAGUAUUGGCCAUGACACUGUGGAUAGCUUUCGCGAGGCUUCGACCGGCAACGUCGACAUUCGAACGAAGUUUGGCGCACGAGGAUUGAGGAAGCAGUCAGAGCAUACAGUAUUGGCUUGCAAACGCGUGACAUC